CUCACCUUACAGACACAGUUACUAGCAAACAAACUGUUAAUAGACACAUGAAGUGAAAGGAUGAUCCAGAAACUUAUUGACAUAUCCAACAGAUAGUCGAAUCUGCAAGUACUGCCCUCCUAUGGAAGACCAUUUGCUGGAUUCCCGUGCACUGGGGUAAAAAGUCUACGUUCCUUUGUGGCACUCUCUGAUGGACUCCUGUUUUCCUCACUGGGCUGAUCUCUUAUCAUAUCUCAUCUCCCACAACAUGCUUUUGUCAGACUCUCAGCGUUUCCAUGUCUCCAUGAGUCUCCCUCUUCCCAGGAUACCUCAUGCCCAGCCUUCUUCCUACGCUAGCUCCCACUGCCCCCUGACUCAUCCACUUAAAGAACGUCUACUCAUUUUUCACGAUUAUUCAGACUUCUCGAUGAAAGUCUUCCUGCCCCAUUCCUCAUUCCCCACUAGUUGAACUAAUCCUGUGUUCUGCUGUGUGGGAUCUUUGCCCUGUGCAGAUCUCCAUCAUAGCUAGAUCUUUGUUAUGAUUUUUAAUAGGGAGGCGGCAUGGCAUUUACUCUGAGCUGGAUCUAAUUUCAAAUCUCAGAUUUCCACUCACAGGCUUGGCAAUGCAGGACAAUUUGCUUGACCAAAAACGAAGUGCUUUUUAUGGCAGAGAGAGAGAGAGAGAAGUGGGGGUGGGGUGGGGAGAAUGGAAAAAAUACGCUCUAGUUUAUCCUUAAUGAUAAAUAGGAGUCUGUUUCCUUCCUUAUCAUUUUGUAAGGCAUUUCCGGUCCUCUCAGAUGUAGCCAAGGGACCCAGAGCGGGGAAACCUUGGUCUUCAGCUUCACGUCCUCCUGCAGCUGUAAGUACAGCACACAGGAGCCAGUAUGGGACCUCCCAGCAUCGCCAGCCGGGCACAACUUGCUUGGGCUGCAUCAGCAAUGAGGCCGGCGGGGACUCCAUUCAGGAGUGGGCAGCUCUCAGCUUUGGAGAGGCAAAUCUUUGACUUCCUUGGCUUCCAGUGGGCACCAAUUCUUGGAAAUUUUCUCCAUAUAAUAGUCGUCAUAUUGGGUUUAUUUGGAACCAUUCAGUACAGACCUCGAUAUAUUGUGGUGUACACAGUAUGGACUGCCCUCUGGGUCACCUGGAAUGUGUUCAUUAUCUGCUUUUAUUUGGAAGUAGGUGGACUCUCUAAGGAUACAGAUCUGAUGACAUUCAACAUUUCUGUACACCGGUCAUGGUGGCGGGAACAUGGGCCUGGCUGUGUCCGAAGAGUGCUGCCUCCGUCAGCCCAUGGCAUGAUGGACGACUACACAUACGUCUCCGUCACGGGCUGCAUUGUUGACUUCCAGUACCUAGAGGUCAUCCACAGUGCUGUCCAGAUACUCCUUUCUUUGGCUGGUUUUGUGUAUGCCUGUUAUGUGAUCAGUAUUUUUAUGGAAGAAGAGGACACCUUUGAUUUCAUAGGCGGACUUGAUGCACACUCCUACUACCAGGAUCAUGUUGAGUUAAAGCCUGUUAACCUGUCGAAAUAAGUAAUGACACUGACUCUGAAACACGGCUGCUGAACUUGACUUAGGAAGCCAAGCACCACUGAGAGCACCUCUCUGCAUUGACACGUCUCACUUCCUCCCAGAGGACGGACUGCGCCUCCCUACUUGCCCACGGAUCACCGAGUUCUUUGGUCACAGCCUAUGUAUUAUUAGCAUUGUGAGUUAGAUGAGUUGUAGGUGAUCGGGUGGGUAUUUUUUAAGUCAUUUUCUUCUUAUAUGAAUACUUGUAAAUUAUUUAAAAAAUUGGUUUUUCAUUUUUUUAACGAUAUUUAAUGUAAGGCAUGCAAAAUGAAAAAAUUUCAUGAAAACCUUCUACAGUCUAUUCUAAAAGAAAUCCUGGUUUUUGUAUUGAGGUGUUCAGUCAAUGUUGCUGAUGACUGCAGUUAUCCUGUGCCUGAUGGGGUUUGCAUUAACAGACAUUAUGGGGGGCUAACGUGAAGUUAGACGCUGUGACAGCUGAUAAAUGGGUAUGAACGGUGGAUCUGGCUUUCAGACUGACCAUGGGUCAUUUUUUCAACCCCACAAGACAAAACAUGUAGUCCUCCUUUGUUCUCAACUUUCCUAAAUGCAGAAUACCAUAUGUCAGUCUAAAUUUUCAGACUCAUGCAUGUUAUCUUGUUCUUCCUGUGUUCUGGAAAUUACAUAUCAUGCGGGUAUGGAAGGGUUACGUGAUUAGUAGAACACCUUUCCUCUUUGGGAGGGUAUAUGGGUAUCUCUGAUGUUCAUAUUUUCUAUUCUUUAUCCCUGUUCUGACACUGGUGUCACACUGAAGCAUACAGCUUAUGGGCUUGGAAGACAGAAAUCACAUCCAUAAAUCUGCAAUCAGGAAUGUUGCUCUUAAGAUAUCCAAAAGGAGCCUUAAAAUUGUGUGGAACUCUCUAUAAAUGCUUCUUAAAAAGAUAUUUACAUUUUUUCUACAUCAAUUUUUCUUUCUCCUGCCCCAUGCCAAUAGCCAAGAAAGUCAUGUGGGAAACAUAAUUUUCCAUAGAAAAAAAGACUGUUUUGAAAGCCCAUCACUGUUUUUCCUCUUGUAUCUUUCAAUUUCUAUCUCCCAUAUCCAAAUAAGUUUUGCUCACUUUGUAUAGCAACAAACGUGAGGCCACCCAUGGGCCACAGAAUUGUGCACAUGUGCACUAUUCAAUCCAAAAGUUGUUAACUUAGCCCACACAUCUCUAAGAAGUCAGUCUAUAAGCCAUCUAAAAUCACAUGCAAAUAUUUGUAUGUGUAUAGAGGUUCUUUUUUUCCUGUCUUUUUGGAGUCCUUAUAUUUUAUAAGACUCUGUUAAGAAUCAGAACUAAUACGACAAAGUCUACUCUGGCUCCUCCCAGUUCAGGACAACCACUGUGACAUUCUAGAAGCGUAUCGUAGUCACUAGCCUUUGGAUUGUGCCCCGUUAGUCAGGCGAGGCACACUGAAUCCCAUCAUUUUUCAUUCUACUGAAUAAACUCAAAUUCAAAAUGUAGAGGAGCUCACAGGGAGCUCGGAGAUGAUCAAAUCCAAGCCACCAUUGCACAGCUGAGGGAUCUGUAGCCUAGGGGAUUUGGUGGCCUUGUCCAGAGUCCUGUGUAUAUACAGAGAAGCAAGAGCUAUGGCCAAAGAAGAGGACUGGAGGACAGAUGGUAGGGUUUGGGUCCCAGGCCCACCACUGUGGCCUUGGACAGUACUGAGCAUCUUGGCCUUGGAGUUGUCCUCAUCUGUAAGGUAGAACUAUCAUCCCAGCCUCCCAAGGGUGAGGCGAGAACCAGAUCCUGUAAACUGUGAAGCACCCCAGCAUUGAAAGAGCCACUUUCUAAUGUAAUACCAGAACAAGUUGGACCCUGUCUGGAGCUCUUGCUGUACCACCACGUGCUACGAAAAACCCAUGAAAACACCAAAAUCUUCUAAGUUUCCUAAAAAGUAGCUUGGAAAUAGUGCUAUAUUUGAACCAUUGGAAAUACUGAAGACUGAAAACUGCAUUUCCUAAUUAAAAAAUUACUUUUAUAUUUCAAGACUAAUACAUAUGAUUAUUAUGGAUAAAGCUAAUAGAAUGUCAAAAACAGAGAAAGUCAGAAAGGCAGGAGAAUAAGAUUAAUACAUGAGCAUUUUAAACCGUCAUUUUACUGCCCCCCCACCACAUGCACAAACAAAACCCAGUUAACUUUCACAAACCAGCAGCAUACUAGCUUUUGUUGCUGUGCUAGCUUUGUGUAAGGGUGAACAUACUGGUAAAAUGCCCUGGAUAGUCCUACACCUUGUGUCACAGCAGGUGACAGAUUUGAGGAGGAAAUCCUUAUACUAGUGAUUUUUCUAUGGAUUUUCAAUAUAGGUAACUACUUAAUAUGGUAUCCCAGCCAUCCGUAAUGACAAUUCUAAGUUCCAGAGAAUUACCUCUCAUCAGAGACAAGUUAGAUCGAUCUCCUCUCCCCCCCACUUUUCUUCUCCCUACCUCUCCUCUGCUGCCUGCUCCUUAGAGGUCCUGCUUCCCUACAACAAAGGGAUGAAAAGAAGUGCUGAGCUUUGCAGUAACGCUCAGCAGUCAUCCUUGAUCUGGGUCUUUCCACGCGGGACUGUCACGGUCGCUGUUCCUUGGGAGUGAGUGCCUUCAGUUCUUGCAAUUCUUGCCUCCUGUUUUAGGGAAUCUGUCCAGCACUGCACGUUAUGCAGUGGGGCUUUCAACAGACAUGUUCACUAUGUCUCCAUUCGUGCCAAAUCUUGGCUUCUCCAUGUGCAAUGUGUGUCUGAGCGGAGUAAGGGAAAAUGAAUGCGCUUCUGAGCCUGCACUCAUUUGCCAGAAUCUCGGCAUCCUGAGAGAUGGUGCAGCCCCAAGUUCAAGAAUCCUCCUCAGAAGUGAUCCUGGGAAAGUGAAAACCAAUGUUUUUUUCCCUCUUUGAACCACUUUGGCAUUGUGUCUUAUGAAACCUUGGUGAGCCCUGCCCCAUCUUCUGUCUUGUGUCGACAACGACUUAGCCUUUCUUAAGUGUCUUCUGUUGACAUUGUGUGGAGCCACAGGCAGCUGGGCUGCUUUCCAGUCUACCUUCUAUUUCUUUCAGCUUCCAGGCAUAUUUCAUGACUGCAAAAGUCAUGAAGACUGGAAGCAAAAGUUGAGCAGGGGAGUUACAGGGCGUGGGAGGCUGUUUCUGAAUCCCCAGGAGACAGAAAACAUCUUCGGUUAUGGACGAGUCUACGUCAGAGAAAUCUCAAACAUCUCUGAGGAAAAGAUCUAAGCUAAUACACUCCCAAGUAUCCUAAGACUUUCACCUGCCAUAUAACAGGAGGGUAUGUGUUCCUGAAGCAAAAACAUGUUCAUACCACUCAAAAACUGAGAGGCUUUUGACUUACUUGUUUUGAAGAAAACUUGACAUCUCGCCCUAGCAAAAUAUUGACUUCUUCUUUUUUCCUUCAGGAAAAUAAGCCCUGCUAUUUCCUAUAGACCUAACUAAAGAAGGUAGCCAGUUCGAGAGGCUGGAAUAGAACAAAAUAGAGCAAGGCUGCCAUUUGUCUCGCUUAAUGAAUGGGACACUCAUGACUGAGGGGAAUUUGUAUUCACUAGAACCGGCUAAAGUGUGUGUUGCAAAGCUGAGGAAAACCAUCCUGACACUGCUAAUUUGAGAAACCAAUACAAACCAAAACUGCUCUUUUCAAUCUUUGCAAAUUAGGAAGGCAUCUUGCCAAAAAUGAACAUCUUCCUUUUAGACCUAAUUCAAAAAUGUAUACUCUCCCAAAAUGGGGACUCACUAUGGGUGAAUAUUCUGGCUUUUCGUUGCUGAGUUACUUGCGUACCUAACUAGGAAAAUUUCACAGUUGAUUAGAAUGCAAAUGUUCUGACUUGACAUUUUAGCUCAAGGUAGUAGCUGCUUUCAGGGAAUAACUGAAUUAAGUAGGAAAAAAUACAAAUAAUUGAUCUUUUUAAACUUAGAAAUCUUGAAUGUCUGUUUUUCUUAUUUCCUUCCCAUUUAAGAGUCAUCUGUAACCUUUGCCCGAUAGGUUUGUGAAAGCGUCUGUGAACCCUGUUCAAAUAUUCAUGAUAAACAGGCCCACAACCGAAGGGCGUUACGUCCAAACGUAGAACUGAAAAAGAAAUCAUUGCAAAAGAAAUACAUGAUUGCAUAGUGUGCAAUUCAGAAAGGGAGUAGGUAUAUCUUAAUUAUUAGAAGAAUGUAUUUAUUAAUAAAGAAUCCUCCAAAAAACAAAAUUCUCAAAAAUUUCAGAAUUUGUGGGUAGUUUCUCUCUUUUCAUCCUAAAGAAGCUUAAUUUCCUUAUCGAGGGCUAAGGGGGAGAAAAGCCAUUUCUAGAAGGUGGAUAAACUUUCUUAAAUAUCAAUAUUUCCAGAAAAAUUUGGUGUCAGAUGAAAAAUGAAUCAUCUUUCUUAGACCUGCAAUCAUAUAAAGGCAAGAAUCAUGGUAAGUACUAAACAUUUCAAAAAUAUGAAAUAUUCAAAGAAUCUAAAAUAGGCUCUGCCUUGAACUUGAGAGGUAAAUUAAGAAAAAAGAAGAAAACAAAAUGAGGUAGGAAAGAGAAAAGGGCGGGAGGAAAGGGGAAAAGAAAGAGAAAGAAAGGGAGGGAGAAAGGAAAGAAGGAAGAAUCCAAAAUUGAAAGUCUACCUAAUUUGGAUUGGGACAUGUCAGUUUUUCACUCAGAGCUGUUCUGCUUGUUUCUUUGAGUGACUAAAAACAGUGAACUAUUUUCCAUUGAGGGCAUGCUUUUUCUUUCCUCUCCAGAGUUAGGUUUAAAAAAAAAAAAAGUUUGAAGAAACCAAUGAUCUAUCUAGUUAUUUUCAUAGAACUUGCUUUGGCAGAUGACCUCAUCAGUCUGUAAUAAUUAGGAUUAUAUUUACAUGCAAGUGACGAAGGAAGGAAGGAAGGAAGGAAGGAAGGAAGGAAGGAAGGAAGGAAGAGAAAGAAAUGAAGGAAAGAAAGAAAGAGAAAGAAAGGAAGGAAAGAAAGAAAGAAAGAGGCUUAAACCAGAUAACCAGAGAGAGUUCUAUACCUCUUCAUAUUUCAAAAUUCUGGAAAUAGUCAGCAAAGAGCUGGACUUGGAGUCCCUAGAGACAAGGACCCAGGUUCAUUCUCGUUGCUUCCUUCUGUGUCCUGUCAUUCUCAAGCUCUAACACGACUCAAAAUGGCUGCUAAAGUGCCAGCCAUUGCUUUUGUAUUCCAGCCAAAAAGGAGGAAAAAGGGACAGAGAAAGGUGCUUCUUUCAUUUAAGAGCAUGUCUUAGAAGUUGCAUAUCUACUUCUGCUUAUAUUCCAUUAGCCAAAACUUAGUCCAUCCUAAAUUUAGCUGCAAGGAAAGCUAGGAAUUAUAGUCUUUAUUCUUGGUAGCCUUGUGCCCACCUGAAAAUUAGGGGCUUCUUUCUUAGUAAAGAAGGGCAAUAUAUAUUGAAGAGUGCUUAGCAGUCUCUGCCACGCAAUUCAAAUUAGUUCUUGUGAUUUUUUGGAAUAAUGUUUUCAUUUACUUUAAUUAUAAUACAUAAUUGAAAAACUACAUACAUACUUCAAUACUGUGAGAAAGUAAUCACUGACUCUGUUAAAUGAAAAUUUCUACCUCAUCUUUCUGCCUUUCUUCCUAGAAAGAAAAAAAAAUAAAUCUAUGACUCAAGAUCCUUCUAUACUUUACAUAAUUCUGCAGAGUAUAUUUUAGCUUUCCUUUUCUGGAAAUUAAAUUUAAAAUCCAAGAGCCUAUCUACUAUUUUGCUUGGUCCUCACUAUUGUGCUGUGAAAAGAAGUUUUUUCUUCUAUGGUCAUAACUCUUCAACUAUUUUAUUUUAGCAACAUCUUUUCUUCUGAAUUGGUUAGUAGUGUCAUUAUUUUCUUUUUAUUCAAUUCAACAACUAUGUAUGGACAUUGAUGCUUAGGAAGGUGGAACAGGAUAUAUAGGUGAAAAGUAUAUAAUCCUUCCUUUUUUUCUUUUUUGUUAUUUUCUCUCCAUAAAAGUUGGACCUGUGUUUCCCUUCAUCUAUUUUCCAAGAACAUAGUGGUUAGAGCGGAAUGAGUAUUUUAAACUACUUGAUAGUGUUUUUCUCUAAGAAAAAGUAUAAUAGAGGGAAAUCCUAAAAAUUGUGUAAUUACAUUUUAUCAUACAUCCCUCCUAAGCUGGGGUGGGGUUGGAGGCAGAGAAAGACAGAGAGAAAAACAGAGUCAGAGAAAUCUUCUGGACACUACUUAUUCAACAAUGUCCUAUGAAGUGAUUUCGGUCCCGGAAAAGUGUUCUAGUCUCCUAAUACCCAGUGCCUGCAAACUGGGCAGCCGUCACUAACGAUUGAGGGAAGAUGAGCUGACUCACUCGUGUGGUACGCAUGCUUCUACCCACAAACUUCAACCCUCGAGUAUACCCUUUUCUAAACAAUCACUUUGCUAAAACGUGCCAUGUGACGCAAUUCCCUUCACAAUGAACUGCAUAAGAUUAUUUUAAGGAAUGAAAGUUAAAAGAAAUAAGAUGCCUAGAGCAAGAAACAAGAUGCCUGGUACAGGACCAAGUUGUAGAGUAGAAAGGACCUCAGUGAUUCAGGUUACAGAUGAAAAGAGACUGGUAGCUGCAAUGGCUUGUCCCAUGUCCCGUGUCCCAUGGGGUCUGCUCUGCAAGGUCUCAGUCCUUCCUUCUUUACUCUAUCAUUGGAGGCCACCCUCUGUCACAAGUCCUGAUGAACUAGGUGUUGGCUGUUGAUUGCAGUCUGAUGAUUUUUUUCACCUUGUCUUCAAGUCUCAGGACAGCUGACGAAGACACCUGCUGUUGGCUCCUCCCACGCCACCUUCCCUCUUAUCUUGGAUCUGAGCAUCAGAAAGUCCCCUGCUGAUGGACUUUCUUCUUGCUUUUUUGGCUUCUCAGGACAAACAAAAAAUCCCAGACCUCAGAUCCCUGCUCAUUGUUUCCCAAAAGACAGAAUAGUUCAGUCCUGCCUGCCUUCUUCUUUCUUUACGUAUGCUUUAAACAUAAUUCCAUCUGACCUUAUCAAGCCUUCUCAUGAUUUUUUGUCAAUCAGCAAACCUACUGAUAUCAGUGUCUUCCAAAGACUUUUGUUCAUGAGGAAGUGCUUUUGCAAAUCAUUGCUUGAAGUUGCUUUCUAACUGGCUUGCGGAGUUUCACUUCUGUUAAGCCUCUUUCUUAAAAGGGAAUUGCUCUCUGCCCCUUCUGCCUUCUUAAAUCUAUUUCAAACCUAAAACAGCAGUCAUUGAAUGCAGUUUUACAAAAUAGUUGACUUGCGUCACCUAUGUCAUAUGAAAUCAACAACCUAAUCAUUUUGAUGAUUCCCAUCGCAUUCCAAUAAUAAUACAAAUAGCGUGUGAGUGUGGCUGUUAAUUAGCUUUCCCAUUUCCUCAUCAGAACUUGCCUUGUGCUGUGCAGGCUUCUCCGUUGCAUUGUCUGGCAUUUUUAUUAUUAUAAACUGUCACAUUGAACCCAUUCAUUCAACCAAAACCUACAAAUAUUUAUUUAGUUCUUCUAUAGCUCUUCACUUUCGCCAUCACUCCAAGUAAGAAGAAGAGAUUUCUCUGCAAGACAUUUUUAGGCAAAAUAUAAUGUAUGGAGCACCAAGUUCAAUAACUUUAGAGAACGAAAUGUGGGACAAUUCACGCGGCAUACUUACUUUGUUUUUAUAGGCCAGGCAAAGCUCGUUAAUUCCAUUCUAUUUAUUAUUUUUGAACCAUUUGUUUAGUGCAGUGCAUUUUUUAAAAAAUCACUUGAUUGAUCUUUGGAUUUUUUUAAGAUCACAGAGGAAGGCCAUUGACUAUAGAACUCAAAUAUCUGAAGUUCACCCAGAAAUCGAAAUCUCUUGGCCCUUUGUGAAGCUUUUUUGUGCUCCUAGGCUGGCAAAGCCUUUGCUCUAAAGUCUCUGAGCUUGAGUCACAUCUGUCCCAUUAAUCUUUGUCAAGAAGGAAGUUUGGGGGGGAGGGUCGAAAAGGCCAAGUCCAGAUCGCAUUUCAUUCUUUCCUCAUUUGUUUCAGGGCCCAUGGCCAUCAACCCUCCUUGAUUUUAUUCUGCCUGAGCUUCACAUUUCCAUAGGGAUAAAUAUGGGGCUGCAUGAUAAUUACUAACCCUUAAAAAAAUAGAGAGUGUUCAUUAAAGUUUCCCCGCACAUCUGAGAUGCCGUUCGAGAAAGGCUAGCAGCACAUAGUAUCAUUAACGCCAGUGAUAACUGCAGGAAGACUAUGUCACGUUUUCUUUUAAAGAUAUAGAUAUUUCAAUUUCACCCUGUCUGACUCAAAGGGAAUUUGGGUGUUAACACUUCAAAAUACUUUUUAGUCCUUAGGGAGAAAAUCCAAAGUGAAAAGUAUUAAUUUCCAAUUCAGUUCCUAAAGCAAAAUGCCUGCCUCAGAAUAACAGAGUUAUUUCUUAUCCUGUGGCAGAAAUGUAUAGGUGAGAACUCCCACUGAGACCUUCCUAUCUGAACGCAUUAAGGGAUUUCUGCCAUUGUAGGUAAAAAGACAGGGGGGAGAAAAACUGUCUUCUCACUUGUGCUUACCUUUCAAAUUUUUCUGAGACUCCCUUUAUGUGACAAGAACCCUGCUCCCUGGCAACCUCAUCUACCCACAGCAGAACAGAGAGCCAAGAAACAAAGGAAAAAGCUUUCUGACUAUCCCGGUAAAUUUUAUAAAAUCCACACUCUGAGACUCCUGUGUUUUUUCCAUAGAAAAGCUCUUCAACCUUUUAUUUAAUUCCUAGUUACUCUUAAUUUAUACACAAUUCUAAUUACCUUAAUGGUCUAGAUUUCAAUCACAUAACCGAUCAUAGGUCGAAAAUUAAAAAGGGAGCUAUGUAUAAAAUAAGCAUGGGGCACCUGGGUAGCGCAGUCGUUAAGCGUCUGCCUUUCGCUCUGGGCGUGAUCCCGGUGUUCCGGGAUCGAGUCCCACAUCGGGCUCCUCCCCUGGGAGCCUGCUUCCUCCUCUCCCACUCCCCCUGCUUGUGUUCCCUCUCUCACUGGCUGUCUCUCUGUCACAUAAAUAAAUAAAAUCUUUAAAAAAAAAUAAGCAGAAAAUACUGAUACUCAUGCAAUAUACUCUCUCUGAAAGAACAGACACAGAACACUAUAAAAAUCUAGAGCACGGUUGUCUGGGGACCUCUAAGGUGAGAAUGAAUAUACUUAGCAGAGUCUGUGGGCAACAUUGCGUUGUUCUUUAAUCAUAUGAUGGUCCAUAUGAUAUUUUUAUUUUAUCAAUAAAAAUAUUUAUUGGGAAUUCAGAACAGGAACCCCUUACUCAAGAUACUUUCUUUUCAUUGGUCCUAAAAUCAUAUUAUUCACUUUUGUGUAAGUAUGACAUUUUACUGCCAUCACCUGAAAAAAUUUUCAGAACAUCGUAUGGAUCUCAGUGUCUAUGGUUUGAGUGGGAGCCCUUUAAAUGGGGCGCUGCUGUGCCCUGCCUAACCUCACAUUGUGUGUUGGCCUUGGGGUCACAACGGUUUUUUCUAAAAAUUAGGUAUGUAAAUUUCACUCUGGAAAACUCACAGUUUGAACCGCUGAAAUGAGGACUGCGGGGUAUUUAAAAGGCUAAAGUGUCUGUAAUAACAAAGACAUUCCCUGAAUGUCCUACGGAAGGAGCCAGGUGCUAGUGAGAAGACAUCUCUGGAAACAAGCGAAUAGAUUUUCAACACUGUGGGCGUUGGUAUUAGUUCUCUGGAAUUCUCCCCUUUGAUAAAUUUUCCUCCAUCUCACCGUUGCCAAAUUGUCUCUUCCGGUAGAGUGCCUUGCUUUUUGUCAGUGGCAAGGAUAUCAAAGUCCUGGGGUGUUUCACAGAAAAAGGAAGCCUUUGAAGAGAGCACAAAUGUGGAGCGCUUUUUCCUUUCUCCUGCCCAUGUUCACCAAAACAAACGUGCGUCCUGCAGCAUUCUUGGCCUGCCCGCGUUCCAGAACAGCAACUCUCUCUCUUGAUAGUGGCCGUGUAUAUCACACUGGGGUGUGUAGUUUCUUCACUCGUGGACAAUUCCAGUUUGCUCCUCGGUGUGUACGACUGACUGCACUCAGAGGACACUCUUGGUCUUGAAGUGUCUCUGCAGGUAGUUGCCGUACUAGCAUUUGGUCCAACAGCCCCACGGGUGAGACAGCGUCAGAUGACCCCCUUCGGGCCACAUCAUGGGCCACUACCCACUGACGGCAACCGGAGGCUGCUGGUUCUUUCUUUCAAAUCACUCCUGCUGAACACCUUCGAGGGGUGAGGUGUGCGGGCCCUAGCAAAAUCAGAACAGAGAGUUUUCUGGCAAGAAGCUUACAAUCCAGUUGUCAAGAGGAGUGUUAACUUCACACUCCUCUUUAGAUUUAUUUAUUUAUUUAUUUUUGUGAGAAAGAGAGAAAGAGAGAGCACACGACAGGGGGAGGGGCAGAGGGAGACACAGGCUCCCCGCUGAGCUGGGAGCCCCAGGCAGGGCUCGACCCCAGGACCCCGGGAUCAUGACCUGAGCUGAAGGCAGACACUUAACCGACUGAGCCCCCCAGGCGCCCUAACCUCACACUCCUAAAGCAACGCCUGCUAGCGCUGCACAGCCAGGCCCCCAUGGGAGGUGCUGGGGCUUUCUUUCCUCUGAAUCCAGAGUCCCCAGGAUUCAGGGGGAAAGAGCCAUUUGCAACCUUCCUCUCUCCCAGUCUUUCCACAACCGCUUAGCUAACAUCUACUUUGCGCAAAAAGCCUCCAGGAGUAAGCAAAACAAAUCAAAUACACAACUUCGCCUUGAAAAGUUUAAAAAAGAAAUCCCAAUCGCUUUCAGGUGGUCAGGAAGUGGGCUUCCUUGGGUUCAGUUUCCAGAAAAGACACCUGUUUGCUCCAUGAUCUUGAGAUCUCAUGAGGCCACAGACGGCCCCAUUCACUGGGGCAGGCACACGCCACAUUUUGUUGUUGUUGUUGUUGUUGUUGCAAUUUUAUGAAAGUGCACAUUGACAAAAUGAGCCCCUGAUUGCUCAGGACCUGAACAGCAAAUUCCAGAACUGCGGUCACUCAUUUCAGGCAAACCAAAGCAAGUCUGAGGGACCUCUGAAUUUGUAUGAAAGGUAGCAAGUCCACAGCUCCCAGCAAUCAAAAGCAAUCAUGGCCACUACUUGCUUGAGUGAUAUCAACAGACAUUUUCUUGUUCCCUCCUGAGUGAUCGAGAGUGGUGCCCUGGGGCCUUGUUCGACGCGUCAGUGUUUUAAAUAAAAAUCAGAGCAGACAGGUAAGGGAACUCCCUAAAGGAGCAAAAGCAAAGCUAAAGGCAGUCCCCAUGCAACUAUGGCAUAAUUACAGAGAUUAUGCACCACACGAUCGUUUCUUUAAUCCUGUUUCUAACAAACUGGAUGUUAUUAUUAUUUUACUACAACAACUGAUACUACACUACUACCAUUAUUGAAAGCACGAUAGCAGUCUUUAACCGGUGAGAAUGACUUUAAGUCUUGGUUGCUGUGACCAAUGGUAAGAAAGUUAGCUCUCACAUCUGUAAUACCAACUCCGCCAUCUCGUGGAAAAUAUUGGAAGUACCUAAAGCAUUUCCUUAUAUUUCAAAGGCAAGGAUCUGCUGGUUAAGGAAACAGGAAGACAAGGACAUUGCACCUCCUGUCUAUUUCUACAUAUUUUUAACCUUUAACAUUUUUACCAGCAGAAGUCAUUUGAAAAAAAAAAAGUUUCAGUCUCGAACAAUUCUUAGAUCACUUGCCAACCUAGAUGUGUCACAAUCUUGACACUGCAACUUAAUGUAAAAAUCUUGAAUAUUUUGUACCAGUAUGAAUUUCUACUGCCCCCAACACUGUGUAGUGACUUCACUGUAAAUUAACUUCUUUUCUACGGAUUUUUGAGCUACCAGGUGAAUUAAUUGAACAAGUCGAAUCCUGUUAGGAACCAUCGUAGAUGAUGUCGGUAGCCUGUGUAAAAUGAAUGUCAUUUUUCUUAUAUAAACUGGUAACAAGACUUGUUUUCACAAUUCCUUUUUACAUUUUUGUGCAUAUAAUGUGUGUAUAUUAUAGUCAUAUUCUAAGGUGACCAGAAAGUGUUAUUUAAUAGAAACUACACACAUUUUUUUAUGUCUCUAUGGACCCUUUGAUUCUGGGUACAUUUACAAUAAGUUAGCAGUAAAAUAGACUAUUCUUUUCAAGUAUGAAU